AUGGACAGGGAGGCCAGGUCUCCAGGUCUCGGCCCGGUCAGGCAGAGGAGGCCAGCCCAGGAUCAACAGGCAGGCGCGGCCGAAGGCGGCGGGGAGGCCGAGGGGCGGGGCCCCGUCCCCCCCGAACUGGCCCGACACAUCAGGCGCAUCGUCGGGGAGCUGAAGAUCCACCAGGCCGAGCGCAGCUGGGCGGCCGAGGUGGUCAACGACUUCCGGGAACACCUGAUGAGGUUCCUGAGGAGCAACAACGAUCAGCCUCUGUUCCAGUCGGCCGAGCUCCUCACCACCGGCAGCUACUUCGAGAAAGUGAAGAUCCACAGCCCGGAUGAGUUUGACAUGAUGCUGAAGCUUCAGGUUCCUCCUCCUUUCGACACGACCAGGCUGGACGGCGGCCUCUUCUACCGGCUGGACCUGAAAAGGCCCACCCGAUUGCCCAUCAAGCACCUCCUACUGGAGAACAGGCUCACCCUCUCAUCCAGCAAGAUCCUCUCUGAGAUGUACAGCCUGGUCCGGAAGUUCCUCAAGACCUACAAAGCUCCUGACAAACACUGUCGCUGGGAGGUGAACAAGAAGCGGAUUUACUGCCCGGCUGUCACGCUGUCGCUGUGCAGAAGCGACAACAACGAGCUGAUCUCCGUGGACGUGGUGCCCGCUUUGGAGGCUCAGGCCUGGCCCCCUGUGGUCCGCAACGGUCCAGAAGUGGAUAACUGGCUGGGCAAGAAGAGUUGGAGGAUUUCUUUCUCUCACAUCGAGAAGAAAAUCAUCACCUCUCAUGGCAACAAGAAAACCUGCUGUGAGAGAAAUGGCACCAAAUGCUGCCGGAAACAGUGCUUGAUGCUUCUCAAGUGUCUGAUUGCGAGUCUGAAACUACAUUUUCCCGUUGAGCUGGAACCCCUCUGCUCCUACCAUGGGAAGACCACCUUCCUCCACACCUUGACUGAGAGGUACGAUGACGCCGACUGGACCCGCCCUCAGCUUCCUGCGUGCUUCCUGAUCCUCGUCUCCGCUCUGCAGGACUACGUCCGCAGAGGCAAUCUGCCUCACUUCUUUGUACCUGAAUGCAACCUCUUCUCGCAGGCCCUCUUCCCUCGCAAAGCGCGGGACUUCCUCACCAACGCCCUGGAGGAGCAGAUGGUGGAAGGCCUUCCCCUGCUCAAGCCUCCGGCACCCGUUUCUUUUCUGGAAACAGCAGCGUUUGCAAAAGAAACGACCUCUGAGAAUCAACUUGAAAAAUCCUCUCUUGUCACCAAGAUGAGAAACAAACUAAUCUGGGUGGUCAUUGUUGCUUUGGCU